AUGCAGCAGAACCCGGGGGAAUCACUUCGGUCGUAUGUCCAGAGGUUCCACGAAGAAAGCGUGCAGAUACCUAACCCUAAUGAGCAGGUCACCAUCGCCGCUUUAACCCAUGGGCUCGUUGCCGGGGUAUUCAACACGGGGAUCCACAAGAAAUAUCCCCGUUCACUCCACGAAUUAUGGUUGAAGGUCGAGAAGGGCAUACAGGCCGAUGACCUCAACCGCAUGAAAAAAGAAGUCCAAGCUGCUCGCCCGAGGGCUGACCCCCGAAAGGGCAAAGAACUUGGCCGAACUGAAACGGGGACAGGAAGCGGCUUCCAAAGUCCCGGCCGGGAUCGGCGCAGUGUGUUCGAUAGGAUCUCCAAGGGGAAGUCACCCAUCCCAGAGUCCGAACUGACUCCCCUUAACACCACCCGAUCUCGGGUGUUAUCCGUAAUGGAACAAAACAACCUUGGAAAAGCUCCUCCCAAGAUGUUCGGCAGCAGAGACAAGAGAAACUCAAACCUCUACUGUCUGUAUCACCGGGAUAUAAGGCAUGAAACCGAGGAUUGUAACGAUCUCAAGAAGGAGAUCGAGAACCUCAUCCGACAAGGACACUUGAAGCAGUUCAUCCGCCGAGGUGGAGGUCAUCAGCGUGACGAAAACCGACUUGAUAGACGGGGUGAUCAACGCCGAGACGAGAGGCGGACGUCGAGAAGCAGCUGCAGGCCUCCUGAGGAUCCUAGGGAGACAAAAAGGCCUCCCCGAGACGAAUCAUCGGGCCAUGGGUUGGGGUACGGGCCAAAUAUCGCCGGAGUCAUUAACACUAUUGCCGGAGGUCCGACGGGAGGAGAUAGCCAGAACUCCCAGAAGAGGACCUACAGGCAAGCCAAUCCGGAUCAGGCAGAGUCACGUUCUCGCCUAUCCGAAGUCAUUUCCUAUGGCCCUGUCGAUCCUGUCCCAGCUGCCUCGAGUAGCCACGAAGCUUUGGUGAUUGAAGUCCUCACCAAUAACUAUAUCGUGAAAAAGGUUUACAUUGACCCGGGGAGCUCAGUUGACGUCAUGUACCUCCGUAACUUUGAGAGUCUUAAACUGGCCAAGGAGAGCAUGACCCCGGUAAGAACCCCUCUUGUCGGGUUCGGGGGACACAUUGUGCACCCCGAAGGGAUGGUGACUUUGACAGUGACUGUAGGGCGUCACCCCCGCUGCAGAACCAUCCCCGUCAACUUCGCAGUAGUCAAGGCUGACUCCCCAUACAACUUACUACUCGGCCGACCUACGCUCAAUGCUUUGCGGGCAGUGUACUCCACCUACCACUUAAGCUUCAAGUUUCCUACUCCUGCGGGAGUGGCCGAGGUCAGCAGCGACGUCUGCGCUGCCCGAGAAUGCUACCUCCCUCUACAAGCAAGCUCCCAUCAACCUCCGGAGCGGCUCGAGAAGAGGUCAAUAUCCUCACCAUAG